AUGUCAUCGUCAGGGAAAUCCACCAGCAGCGCUGGCAGUCGUCGACCGCUCGAUCCUAUCACUCGCACAGCGCUUCGAUACACAAUCAGCCCACGGGAGUACGAACUCUUACACCAAUACCUCAUAUCGCGUGCCCCCAAGCAGCUACAGCAGCGCACGCCGAACCCGCCGCGAUAUGAGAAGAUUACCGAAAGCCGUACCGAAGGCGGCGAAUACAACGCCAACGCCAUGCGCACCUCGCUUCGCGUUUUCAUCACAAUCUUCUUGGGUUUCAAGAGCUGGGAAGGUGUGAAGAAGGCACUGGCUGCCCGAAAAGGCGCUGCGCCAGCGGCGGCGGUGACGGUCGCGGGGGCACCUACUUCCACAGCGGUCGCAGUUCGACAUCCUAAUGCUCGCAUCGCGUUGGCAUUCUCCUCUAUCCUCCUCUUCCACCGCCUGCUCUUCCGCUUCUUCAAACGGCUGAGAGCCUCCCUCCUGGAAGCCAACGCAGAGCCAUUCCGCAAGCGCAACCCCGGCGUCACCCGCGCGCUCACCUCUCCAUAUACCCCAGCCAUCGGCGCUUCGCUGGCAGGCUUUUUGCUCGGCGUCAGUCCCUCCGAUCAGUUGCGCCUGACGAUCGUCAUCUACAUCCUCUCGCGUAGUCUUGAAUUCGGCUACAAUGCUUUGGCAGAUGGUGGCUAUCUAUGGUCUGAGGAGUCUGGGCGACCCUGGUGGUUCGGCAGCUGGCUCAUUAUGCCCUUUGCUUGCGGACAGCUGCUGCAUGCGUUUGUCUUUGAUCGGGACUGCUUCCCGGAGAGUUACGGUCGCUUCAUUCUAGCGCGCUCGCCAGAAUAUAUCCAGCUUCGACCCGCGGGCUUCCCCAAAGAUGGCGCCUGGCCGGGCACCUUUGAUAUCGUAGACGCCUUGGCCGAUUGCGCCAAGCUCAAGUGGCCCGCCUUCGUUUCUCCCAUCCUCUUCCCCAGCCUCAAGGAGACUCUUCCCGCCCUCGCUGUGGCCCCUGCGCUUCACAAGGUGAAGCCGAUCAUCGCGCCAGCUUUCCCAGGCGCAACCCACCUCUCUUGUGCUCUCCUCCACCCCCACGACCCCAGCUGCGCCCGAACGUAUCUCCGCUACUGGAUCGCCGCAUUCCCUUCCGUCGCCAAAUUCUUCACGAUCGUCUAUGGCGCCUUCGCGCUCCUCGCAUACAAAUCCCUGCUGAAAACCCCAGGGCCCUUCCUCAACAAACUCUCCGCCCGCAUCCUGCGCAUGACCGUCUUCAUCACUGGAUCCAUCGGAACCUCUUGGGCAUCCAUCUGCUUGUUCAACAACUACCUGCCCCGCAACACUCUGCCGACACAACGGUUCUUCCUCGGCGGUUUCCUCGGUGGUCUGUGGGCCUUUGUCGCCUCCAACGGCGAGCGUAGCACCUUCCUGUACUCGGCCCGGACGACCAUCGAGAGCACCUACCGCGUCGGCAAGAAGCACGGCUGGUGGACGGGCGUGCCGAACGGCGACGUCCUGGUGUUCGUGGCGGCAUUGGCGCUGACGAGCGCCGUGCACGAGGCCAGACCCACCGCGGUCAACUCGGGCGUUUUCCGUAAAUUGUUGAGUUCGAUGAACGGUGAGGGAUGGGUCGACCGGGCGGCGGCUCCUGCACCGGAGAAGAAGGCCGUAGAGGGCAGUGAUGAUGCAUCCGCGGCGGUCGGGAAAGGUGAGAAGCAAGCUUAA